CGUUAAUAUGCGUUAGAUAAUCGAGUCGAUCGAGUCGUCGUGUUGUUACGAACGGCUACGAAGUCUAGGAUCGCUAAUGAUCUAAUGAUGUUAACCGAAGCAUGAGAAGUGUAUUCUAGGUGUAGUCUGUGUGUGUGUUUUUAACUGAUAAUUCCUGGUGUUUGGAGGUUAUUUGGCGUGUAUUUUUAAUAUGGGGCGAUUUCGGUGGCACCAUUGUAGAACUACUAUUAGGAGGUCCACAAUAAGGAUAAAACCUCUGAAGUAUGAACAAGAAUACACCGAUACUCCCCAGUAUCCGCCAAUAUUAGAUAUUUCGUAUAAAGCACGUAAGCAGCGAAUGGAAAAUCAGUGGCAUGAAAAAAUAAAGUCAAUUAAAACUGUGGAAGAAAAACUGUUUGAAAUUAACAUGCCUAGAUAUUAUGGAUGGAGGUCAAUAAUGCUGAGAGAAGGAUCAAUACCCUACGACUCACUGCCCUUCGUCCAACAUGUUACAAGGACACACCUAAGGGAAUUCAAAGAUUUGGCUCCCUAUUCAACAAAUCUCGAAGAAGACGCAAAUAAAUUAUUGGGACAGGUCAAACCACGGAUCGAGGAGGCUCUCAUCUUCGAAUUUAAAUACCGAAGCCGGAAGCAUGAAUAUUUGCAUAAUGAAGGAGGACCCAUAACUGCCGAAAAGUUGGAUAAUAUUAUGGGAACCUCCAUUUUACAACAAGUCAACAGAAUUCUAUUGGGAAAUCUAUCAAAAAAAGUUCCCCAUCUUGUGAAGUGCCAGGUUGAAACAGAUCCACGGAUUGAAUCAUUUUGGUCUGUUGGAGGGAUGAAUCCGCCUACCUUCCUUAGGAAACACAAAGAGAAUGUGCCCUGGCUCAAAGAUGAAGCUGGUGAACCUAUUGACAGAUGGUUCCAAUAUCUUGGUUCUCCAAUUUUCCACUUGCGACAUGAAUUACCGUUACCUGCUGUUGUUCAGAUGAAUGAAUCUGAAAGCUCUGAGUUUGAUGUUCCAUUUUUUUCUUAUGAUCCCAAAGUCAUAGGAUUUCAUGAUGAUCGUCGGUUAGGAACAAACAUCCCUGGUUUCUGGCCAGGAGAUCCAUGUGAGUUUGGGCUCUUAUCAUUUCAUCAUCGAGGUCACAUGCAUCAGCGAUUGCUACAGUAUGGUGAAGAGGACAGAGCAGAUGCUCUUCAUGUCCAAGCCAUUCUUGCCUCCUUUGGUUGGCUUCUUCCCCAGGCAUGUUAUCAAGGUUUCUCAACAUUCAAUGAUGUGACAUACCCCCUUGUGACACAGACUGUGAUAACCAAUGGAAAAUUGUGGUCUUUCUAUGUUUACCAACUGAACACCACUUUGCUGCAUGGUGAACAUACCUCCAAUAAUCCACGUCACAACUUGUGUUGGGGGACACCAGAAUUGAAACUGUUUGAAGCAAUCGAAGAUGGGAAGGUUAUAGGUUUCAAUGAUGAUGUUCUGAAAUACUUGCUGAAGUUCUAUUUAAAUACUCCAAAAGUUAGAGAAGGAGUAGAAAUGAAGCCUUAUCUUGGGGAUGUAGAGAAGCAUAUUGCGGACAUUACUGAAGACAAGAGAAGGGAGUGGCUUGAAGCUGAAUUCAAGCACAUGUAUUCUACUCGACCACGCCAUGUUCUUCCUUAUGAAAUAUACCAGUGGGAAAGAAUAUAUAAGAUUAGGCAUAAGACACGACCACUUGAAGCUCGAAGGAGACCAUUUGAAUUGAAAAAUGUUCACCCCUUCAUGAGGAGAUACGACGAACAUGUACCAAAGUAUAUACCCAAGAAAUUCAGAGAACCAGGCAAAUUCAGGCAGAAGUUUGAAGAUACUUACUACCCGUAAAGGAGGAAUCCUUGCAUCUAUAUUUGUAUGUUUUUAGUAAGAGUAUUUAGGUAGCAAGUUUGAGUUAGUAUGUUCAACGAAAAUGUGUUCCUUAAGUUUUUCAUAGAAUAAAGGAAUGAAUGUUAAAAUUAUGUACAUUUCAUACUUAAAAUACAUGAAAUGAUACCUCA